AUGGGUAUGGAACUAUUUAAUAGCUUUUUCUCUAGCAAGGAUCCGAAUAUGAACGAGGAAGUUGCAGUUGCGCCAAGUACACCAGAGAGGAAUGACGAAAACUUGUCACAUCCUCCUGUGACACUCAACAAUAUCCCAAGCACUGCGGGUACUCAGAGUAAGGUCGGUCUGGGCAGAAGUUAUGUGUCAAAUAACAACAGUCUCUCAGAAUUUAGUAGUCCUUUAAAGACAAUGAUCGCCGCCAACAACAACAAGCUUUUACAAAAGAGCAAAAUCCCUUCUGAAAGAGUAGAUGUUAAGGAGGCAGAUAUACAAGAAUCCCAGGAGGAAGGAAAGUCUGAUAAACUAAUGGCUGAAAGUUUGGCUGCAAUGAGAAUUGAACAGAAUCUGUUACAAAAGGAAUUGCGUACAUUAAGGGAGAAAUCAAAUGUCGACAAGGCUAGUUUCUCUUCAAAAAUAAAGCAAUUGAUGCAGCAAAUAAAUAAACUGAAGAAACAUGACCAGGAAUGUAACAGCAAACGAAUUGAGCUCACAGAAUAUGCUUUCAAUUCUCAACUUUCCAUUGUGACAGAAAAUUUUAAGAAAGAAAUACUAUGUAAGGAUAAAGCAAUUUCAAGUCUACAGAGAGAAGUAGACAGAUUUCAAGAAAAACGCAAAAAUGCAAAAAAUGAGGAGACUAUUGAGAUUGAAAGAAUAAGAUCUCGAUUAGGGAAGAUUGUUUUAUUCAAUGUUCCAUUAGGUCCAGUUUUAGAAGAAUAUCUUGAUUCGUCUACAGAUAUUGAUUUCAACGUUUUAUUCAAGAAAAAAAAUGAAAAAAUACUCUCUUUUAGCGAAAGUUCCCUUGAUCAAUAUACCACUUCAGUUCUAUCUUCACUCAAGGAGCUGAAGAAUGAAAAUAUGAAGGGUUUAAGUAAAAUUAAUGAUAAUACUAAAAAAUGUUUCGAAUGUAACUCGAAUUUUUCUAACAAGUUGUCCGAAUUUGCUUCAAAACUUGAUGAUAAUAAGGAAGAAAUUGUGAAUUUUAUCGAUCAGAAAUCAAAAGAUUUACUUGACGCUAAUGAAAAGUCUGUGAAGGCGAUUGAUGAUCAAAUUAGAAAUUCGAAUGAUGGACUAUUACUGAAGGCAUACAACAAAAUCCAUAAUCUUCAAAGUGAGAAAGGGAAAUUAAUUGAAGAAAUUGAAAUGAAGAACCAAAAGUUUGCUAAAGUUAACGAAUUACUUCAUGAUAUUGAAAACGAUAAUUUGAAAUUUUUCAAAAAAUUCGACAUGACAAUAGAAUAUUUAGAGGAGAGAUUAAAGUUUUUAGAAGGUGACUUUUCAAAGAGAAUCACAUUCGAAACCAUCCAUCAAAAAAACCCGGAGAAAUUUACAAAAGAAAUUUACGACUAUCUAGAGUUUCCCACUAUUGAUAACAUGAAUUUAAUCGAAUUACAAAAUAUAAUAAAGCAUUUCUCUUUGUUUUUUGAAGUGCCUCUAAGCAAAUUUUUCAAGAAAUUGCCAACAAUUUGUAUUUACUUGAGAUAUGAAAGAAACUUGCUGCAUUUUUUUGUCGACCGAUUGAACUAUCAAAUUUACAACCCUAGCAAAAAAAUCAAUUUCAAAUCAUAUACAGUUGACGCUUAUCAACAAUAUUUGAAAAAUGGAAAUAGUUUUGAAGAUAUCAACCACCCUUUACAAAAGUGCUUAGAUGACCUAUAUAAUGAAAUCAUACUAAAAUUAUGA